AGAGAGGUAGAGGACGAGGUAGGGCCAGCCGUGGACGUGGCCGUGGACGUGGACCUGUUAGGUCCUUUAAUAAUGGAAGGAUGUCAGGGGCUGUUCGUAGAGGCCCUCUCUCAGUGAAUACUUGGCCAUCAAGAUACUCCAUUGCUAAGGCAAGCUCAAAACUGUGGAUGGUAUAUGCAUAUGAUUCAGAACCUUCUAGGAUUAUGAAAUCCAAAUGGAAGGGAUCUCUAUUAUGCUAAAAGUCAAAAUACAGUGGAUCUUAAUAUUAAUUUGUUCAUGGCGAAGCUCACUUGGCCUCAUCCACUAAAGCAUUACUGUUCGUUGCAUUUAUAUCAAUAUCUUGGGAUUUAGCUGUACUUUUGGGUUAUUGGGUCUAUAUACUGGGGAUUUUCCACAGAUCUGAUUUGACGUGGGUCUGUGCAGAAGUUUUUCUGGUCCUCAUCCAGUUAUCAUGCUACUUCCUAGCAUUUUAUCCUGGGCUUCAUAGGUGAAUAUUUGGGAAUGGAGUUCGCACCAGUAGCAUAAUGUCAGUUAACAAUUAGUCCUCUAUAUAAUCCAUAUUAUACAGUUCUAGCUUUUGACUUGUUUAGACGGAAAGAUUAUGAUGGAUCCUCCUGUUAUGUGCGGAAUUUCUUCGGUGCGAGAACUCAUCUCUCCUAGUUCAUGGUGUUUUUGCAAAGGAGUUCCUUCGCUUAACUUCAGAACUGGAGCUCCCACCUAUAUCAUAGCACUGGUUUUCACAUGCAGUGGGUCGAAUCCUUUACUCCUAUCUGCCAUCUAUUAAUUCAACCUCCUGAAGUUUGGAGACAUGCCUUCUCGCAGAGUCAGGAGUUUGCCAUGGCAGCAUGAUUUGCUUGAGGAUAGCAUUAGAGCUGCAGGAAUAACAGGAGUAGAAGUUGGAACCAAGUUGUAUGUUUCAAACUUGGAUUAUGGGGUGACCAACGAAGACAUAAGGGAGCUCUUCGCAGAGGUUGGAGAUCUGAAACGAUAUGCUGUUCACUAUGACAAAGAUGGUCGCUCUAGUGGCUCAGCUGAAGUUAUGUAUACAAGAAGAAGCGAUGCAUUUGCUGCUCUUAAGAAGUAUAACAAUGUUCUGUUAGAUGGAAAGCCCAUGAAGAUUGAGAUUGUGGGUCCCAAUCCAGUGGUGCCUAUUUCAGCUCGAAUGAAUGUUACUGGAGCAAAUGGAAAGAAGAAGAGAACUGUUGUUACGACACCUGGACUAGGUGGUGGAAGAGGUGCUGGUGCAAAUAAUCGUGGUUCUGGUCAGAGUCGUCGUGGAGGUGGGGAUCUAAGGAAUGGUACGAGGAAUGGCCGUGGUCAAGCUCCUGGCCGUGGUCAAGCUCCUGGCCGAGGACGUGGCCGAGGGAAGAAGCAACCUGUUGAAAAGUCAGUAGAUGAGCUGGACAAGGAAUUGGAAAGUUACCAUGCUGAAGCAAUGCAAACAUAGUUUCGAAAGUUGUUCCCAACUAGACAUAGCAUCAGUUUGUGUUCAUCUUAGCUCCACAAACUUGUUACUUGCAGUGAUGUCUGUUGUUCCUUUUUUUGCUAACUUUUUAACACUAGCCUGGAAGCUUUUUGUAACAGAGAAUGUUGGUUGUCUUUCCAACUCAUAAUCGCCUUCAUAUUUUCUUGAUUCUCUA